AUGGAUGCCUAUAUUUGUCCAAAAGCCUAAAACAUAUCUCCUGAUGAAAUUACUGUGUAGAAAAAACCUUAAAUUGAUAUAUACAAGCCCCCUUAAAUUCAUAAGCUAUAGCCUAUAAUUAAAUUGAGUUUUCCUGAAGAGAAUAUGGAUAUUCAAAGAGAAAGAUAAUAUUCAAUGCUUAAACAGACAACAUAAGAUAAUAGAAUAUCCAAAUAAGAAAUAAAUGAAAAUAGAAUUGAACAACUUGAAUAAAAUGAAGAAAACCCUUUAUAUUUUUAAAAUGACUAAAGGGAUUAAUAAAAUGAUUCAAGAGAAGAUUCAAAUAGUGCACUGCUUGAAGGUUAUAUGACAUUAAUAGAAUAGUUAAAUAUAAACCAAUACUUAAAAAUCCAAUUAGUCCAAAGAAUUGUUAAAAUGAUGGAGAAUCACAAAAAUCUGUCAAAAAGGUCACGUUUAAUAAAAAGUAAAAUGUAAUUUAUAGCAGCUUCAGAAAAUAAAAGUAAUGA